CAACACCAUUACACUGUACAGUGACUACUCACUCCCCACUGCCGUACCCGCUCGUGAGUCGCAGCAGCAGCCAUAGCCCUAAGCUACCCAGCCCUCCGUACCAAGAUAGCUAUUCGGCAGACCCUUUUUCCUCUUUGGGUAUUGAGCUGGAUAAAACGACUAGGUAAUUACUAGGUAAUUACUAGGUAAUUACUAGGCAAUUAACUAGACAAUUACUAGGUAAAUAUCUCCCCCUUGACACUUCCUUAAAUCUCGAAUUUAUUUCUUCGGUGUGACUGACUUUUUGGUGGAUAAGCUCAGAGUUUUGUUAAUGAAAACAAACAAAAGCUCACCAGACGUACGAAUCAAGCUUUUGUUAUGCUUUUAUCUAGCAGACUAUUCAAACCAGGCUUAGGAUUUCUUUCAACUCCUAGUAUACAAAAGAACUGUUCAUCCUCCAGAUUGACCAAAGAACUCUCACAAUCUUUACUUAAUAUAUGCCCCUCCAACUCCACUCUUACACAUUUACGAAAAUAUUCCGUCGCUAUGGCUAAACACGGAAACGUUCCUUACAAAUCUCAAGAUGUAGAACAGGUCCAACAACUUCUUCGAAAUCUCAACGAUAGCACUGGCAAGGGAAAGAAACAUGGUUUUAGCUGCAAGAAAACUCCCUUUCAAGUUGAUGGGUCUCCAGCAAAGAUCGUCGUCGAAUCUUGGCGUUUUCAAGAUUGGGACUACAAGCGUGAUGAUUUACCAACAUACGCACGAGGUCUUUUUACCGGCAAAAAUGAAAAAGAUCAACCAGAGAUUGCAGUUCGUGGUUAUGAUAAGUUCUUUAACACGGAAGAGGUCAGUGCUACGAGAUGGAGCAAUAUCCAAGAGAAAACCCAAGGUCCUUAUGAGUUGAGUCUCAAAGAGAAUGGAUGUAUUGUCUUUAUUAGUGGACUUCACGAUGGUACUUUAUUGGUUUGUAGCAAGCAUUCCACCGGCCAAGGAAGCAAGCCAGAAAUGAGUCACGCAAAAGCUGCCGACAGAUGGGUUGACAAACAACUUCAAGCCAUUGGAAGAACUCGAGAGGACCUCGCCAGAGAGCUAAGAAAGAGAAAUGCUACUGCAGUUGCUGAGCUUUGCGAUGAUGAUUUCGAGGAGCACAUUUUAGCUUAUGGUAAAGAGGAUGCCGGACUUUAUCUUCAUGGUAUCAAUAUCAAUCUUCCAGAGUUCAUGACAUACCCUGGAGAUCAAGUUCAUGCCUUUGCCGCGGAAUGGGGAUUCAAGAAGACCGACUUCCUGGUUAUGGACGAUAUUAAAGUCGCUAAAUCUUUCCUUGAUGAAGUAGCUGAAACUGGGUCUUAUCAAGGACGUGAUAUUGAAGGUUUCGUUAUUCGUUGCAAGGCCCGUACCGGAUCGUCAGAAUCAUACUCGGAUUGGUUUUUCAAAUACAAAUUCGAGGAGCCAUAUCUUAUGUAUAGACAAUGGCGUGAAUGUACAAAGGCCCUGAUUGCAAAGAAACCUCCUCGUUUCAAGAAGCACGUGAAGAUCACAGAAGAAUACCUUUUGUUUGCACGAAACCGACUUGCCGAGGAUCCCAAUUUAGGAAAAGAGUAUGCACACAAUCAUGGUAUCAUCAAGCUGAGAGACGAUUUCCUAAAGGAAAUUAAUCUGAAAGGUUCGGAUAUCAUUCGCCAAGAAUAUACUCAACUAGGAGGUUCCCCAAAUGAAGUGAGCAAUAAUGUUAUUCUAGUUCCAGUUGCUACAAUUGGUUGUGGAAAGACAACUAUUGCACUUGCCCUUAGCCAUCUUUUUGGUUGGGGACAUGUCCAAAAUGAUAACAUUACAGGAAAGAGUCGUCCACCUCGAUUUACCAAGGAAGUUUUGACCCAGCUCGAAGAGAAACCUGUUGUCUUUGCUGAUCGAAAUAAUGCUUCAAGGCAUGAGCGAGCACAAAUUAUUGAAGAUGUCCAUCUUACUCACCCACACGUUCGAUUGGUCGUGUUAAACUUCGUUCACGAUAAAGGAUCUCUCGAUAAAGUUCGCCAAGUUACUCAGGAUCGAGUACUUACACGAGGUGAUAAUCAUCAAACUCUUCAAGCGGCAACAGAUAUGAAGAAAGUCGUGGGCAUCAUGGAAGGGUUUGUACAACGUUUUGAACCAGUAAAUAUGUUCGCAUCACCUGAUGAUGGAUUUGAUUCUUCUAUCGAAUUGGAUCCCACCAAGGACUCACGAGAAAAUCUUGAGACUGUUAUCGGACAGCUUUCAACACAAUACCCAAAGUUGUUUACCGAUUUACCUACGAGCGAAGACCUCGAUGAGGCCAUUCAACUUGCAAUGAGUGAUUACAAGCCAGAUCUCAGACAUGACCUUAGUCGUGGACCUAAGAACAACAAUAAGAAUCAACAGAAAGACAACAGAAAUGUACGUGAAGAUGAAGAAAUGAUACGAGGGAAAAAAUGUACAUGUCUCGAAUAAUGCUGACGGAUAAUUUUCACAGUUACCGCAGAUCGGCAAGAAGAAGAAGCCAUUAGAAUAUGUCUCAAUUUCCCUCCCACGAAACGAGAUCAAAGAGGCACUUGACGAUGCAUUCGGUCGUGUAUCAUCGGAUAAGGCCAAAUUUUACAGAGUACUAGAAAAAUCUCGUCGAGUUCAGCCCGAAUUUCACGUCACCCUCAUACAUCGAGCCAACUCGAAAAAUUUUCCAGAGUUAUGGCAAAAAUAUAGUGAUAUACACGAAGGAGUACAGGCUGCAAGCGAUGCUCGAAAUCCAGGCAAAUUUGGUGAUUGUCAAGUUAUGCUAGAGAGAGUAUGUUCUAUCUUUUGUUUUUCACAAUCAAAAACUAACAUCAUUAGAUCGUAUGGGAUAAUCGUAUCAUGGCUAUCGUAGCACGAUUAGUAGACGACGGUUGGGAAUGCACUAAUGAAAUAGCACAUAUCACUGUUGGUACGGGUGGAGAUCAUAUUAAACCUAAAGAAAGUAAUGAUUUGUUGAAGCGUUGGCUUGAAGUGGGGAGUGGUGAUGAGAGUAAAAUUGGGGAGAUUACUAUUGAGGGGAGGAAGAUUGUCGCGGGUGUGGUGAAGGGUGUUGUUUCUAGGUGAGGGGUGAAGGGUGAGGGAUGAGGAUGAGGGGAUAUGAAUAUACAUGCAUGCAUGCGUGCAUGAGGACGGAUGGAUGGGUGGGCGGAUGAUGCGAUGAAGAAAAUACUUGAAGGAAUGAGUUUCGCAUUUGAUACGAUACGAUACGAUACCAAAAUCUCUCGACUCCCUCUGUUUAUGGAUUCAUAAACACACUGGAAUCUCCCAAGAUACAGUUAAAACAAAAUAAAAUAU